AUGCCACCAUCACAGCACUAUGAGUGCACCACAGCCGAGCUGCGCUCGCUUAUGGAAUUGCGAGGAGCCGAAGCGCUUGACAAGAUAAACACGACGUAUGGCGGUGUUGAAGGUCUCUGCCGUCGGCUGAAAACCGAUCCGGUGAACGGAAUCAAACACGAUGCGCAAGAAUUGAAAAGCCGACAGGAAGCGUUCGGCAAAAAUGAGAUACCGCCGGCACCGUCGAAGUCAUUCUUUCGACUCGCUUGGGAAGCUUUACAGGAUAUCACAUUAGUCAUUCUUCUAGUAGCUGCGCUUGUAUCCCUUGGAUUAUCAUUUUAUCGUCCUUCCGAGGAGCACGCAGGAAAUGAUGCAUCCGAGCAGGAAGCCGGAUGGAUUGAAGGCGUCGCCAUCCUUGUCGCCGUAAUUGUCGUCGUUUUGGUGACAGCGCUAAACGAUUGGACGAAAGAGAAACAAUUUCGAGGUCUCCAAUCGAAAAUUGAAACCGAACACCGGUUUUCCGUGAUUCGAAACGGCGAGCCAAUCGAUGUUGUCGUGAAUGAGCUGGUCGUCGGUGAUGUUGCGCGCGUGAAAUACGGCGACCUUCUACCAGCCGACGGCAUUCUGAUUCAGUCCAACGAUCUCAAAAUCGACGAAUCAUCAUUGACGGGCGAGUCGGAUUUGAUUCGCAAAUCCGAGGAUUUCGAUCCAGUGCUUCUCUCGGGAACCCAUGCGAUGGAAGGCUCGGGACGAAUGUUGAUCACCGCCGUCGGGCUCAAUAGUCAAACCGGCAUCAUUAUGAGUUUGUUGGGCGCGACAAAAGAGAAGAAGGAUGAGAAGAAGGAGACGGCGCCGCCAUUGACCGUCGGCAACGGCCUCGCGAACGGCGACCAAAAAGGCGCCGAAGCCGUCGCCGUUCCGGAAGAAGACGAGAUUGGAAGAAUGUCGAAAUCCGUUCUUCAAACCAAACUUUCAAAUUUAGCUUUGCAAAUUGGAUACAUAGGAUCGAUUGUCGCCGCCGCCACCGUUCUCAUAUUAAUCAUUCGGCAUUGCAUAUCGAAAUAUGCCAUCGAGGGCCAUUCGUUCCAAGCUUCUGAUAUUUCGCAUUUCGUCAACUUUAUCAUUAUCGGCGUGACCGUAUUGGUGAUUGCUGUGCCCGAAGGCCUUCCGUUGGCCAUCACACUGGCAUUGACGUACUCGGUGAAAAAGAUGAUGAAAGACAAUAACCUUGUGCGACAUUUGGAUGCGUGCGAGACAAUGGGAAAUGCCACCUCGAUUUGUUCCGACAAAACGGGAACAUUGACAACGAAUCGAAUGACAUGCGUUCAGCAAUACAUCAAUCAUCGCUUUUACAAAGGGGAAGUGCCGAAGUUUGAAUCGUUGGAUGCGGUCACACGCGAUUUUCUGUUUACUGGAAUUGUGGUGAACGCCGGCUACAGUUCGCAGGUGAUUCAACCGUCAACGCCCGGCGAGCAACGCCAACAAUUGGGAAACAAGACCGAAUGCGCGCUGUUGGGAUUCGUUUUGGACGCCGGAAAGAACUAUGAGGAUAUUCGGAAGGAGUACCCUGAAGAGAAACUCUAUAAAGUGUACACGUUUAAUUCGUCGCGAAAAUCGAUGAUGACUGUCUUGGACCUCGGCGACAACAAAUUUCGAGUUUACGCAAAAGGCGCCUCGGAAAUCAUUCUGAGCCGAUGCACGCACAUUUUUGGCAAAAACGGAAUCGUCGAGAAUUUCGGACCGGCUCAAGUCAACGAUUUGACGCAGCGCGUCAUCGAGCCGAUGGCCUCCGACGGCCUUCGUACCAUUGGUUUGGCGUUCAAAGACAUGGUGCCGGCCGGCACCAAGGCGAACGACUUCGAGGAGGAGUACUCGGGAGACAUCGAUUGGGAUAACGAGGAGAAAGUGCGCGAAGGGAUGACGGUGAUCGCGAUCAUGGGAAUCCAGGAUCCGGUUCGUCCCGAGGUGCCGGCGGCAAUCGAGAAGUGCCAAAACGCCGGAAUCACGGUUCGAAUGGUGACUGGCGACAAUAUCAACACGGCGCGUUCGAUUGCGACGGCGUGCGGAAUUCUCAAACCAGGCGCCGACUUUUUGGCGCUUGAGGGAAAAGAUUUCAAUGCCAGAAUUCGCGAUGCCGACGGAAAAGUGAACCAAGCGAAACUUGAUCAGAUUUGGCCGAAACUUCGCGUGUUGGCACGCGCUCAACCGUCCGACAAAUACGUGCUUGUCAAGGGAAUCAUUGAUAGUAAGAACACGAAGAAUCGCGAGGUCGUCGCGGUGACCGGCGACGGAACGAAUGACGCGCCGGCGCUUAAGAAAGCCGACGUCGGAUUCGCGAUGGGAAUCGCUGGAACCGAUGUGGCGAAAGAGGCUUCCGACAUUAUUUUAACCGAUGAUAAUUUCACGUCAAUUGUCAAGGCGGUGAUGUGGGGAAGGAAUGUGUACGAUUCGAUCGCGAAAUUCCUUCAAUUCCAAUUGACCGUCAACGUCGUCGCCGUCACGAUCGCUUUCAUUGGCGCGUGCGCCAUCAGCGAUUCGCCGCUGAAAGCCGUUCAAAUGCUUUGGGUCAAUCUAAUCAUGGACACAUUGGCUUCAUUGGCGCUUGCCACUGAAAUGCCGACAAUGGAUCUACUCGAUCGAAAGCCGUACGGUAGAACGAAAUCAUUGAUCUCGCGUACGAUGGUGAAGAAUAUCGUUGGCCACGCGGUCUACCAGCUCGCCAUUCUUUUCGCAAUCAUGUUCUGGGGUAGAAUUUGUGAUAAAUUAAUUCCGAACACACCAUCUGGACGCAACGCGCCACUUGGCUCGCCACCGAGUCAACACUUCACAAUUAUUUUCAACGCAUUCGUUUUGAUGACGUUGGUGAAUGAAAUCAACGCCCGAAAAAUUCACGGCGAGCGAAAUGUCUUCAAGGGCAUCUUCACCAACCCGAUUUUCUGUGUUAUCUGGAUCACCACUUUGAUAUCGCAAGUGUUGAUUGUCCAAUUUGGAGGCCAUUGGUUCAGCACGGCUCCACUCGAUGAAAUCCAAUGGCUCGUUUGCAUUUGCUGCGGUCUCGGCGAGCUCAUUUGGGGACAGAUUAUCAACACGAUUCCGUCGUCGAUUCUGCCGAAGUCGUUCCGAUUCGGAAAAGGCGAAGUCAAACCGACGUCGAUAAUGCUGAGCGGCGAGUACGAUGUGCCAAGUUCGGCGUCCGAAAUGAACGCCAAAGUCGACGGCGUCGGCGAUGUCGAGAAGCGUCCGGGACAAGUGUUGUGGCUUCUCGGAUUGACGCGCCUUCAAACUCAGAUACGCGUCGUCAAGGCGUUCCAAUCGGUGAACGAUGAUUCGCAUCCGAACUCGUUGACGACAUCGACGGCCGAUCGAUUGCGCGCUUCCUAUCGGCGCCUGAAAAUCGCGAGGGAGCUCGAACAGCAGAAAAGGUCUGGUGGCCUACGAGCCGGUGGACAGGUAUAUAAUUCGGACGCAACAACGAAGGAUACAUCCGCUAUAAAAUUCGCAUAG